AUGGCUGCCGACCAAGCGCGACAGGAGCAACAGCUCACUAACAUACUCGUAGUUGGCGGAAAUGCCGUCUCUGCCUUCAUGUCAUGGAGACUCUCGGCGACCAACGCAUGCGACGUCACCCUCGUGUGGAAGAACGGCUUCGAGAACGUGUCGCAGUACGGCCUUUCAUUCAAGUCUGCUACGUUUGGAAACGAAAGAUUUAAGCCCAGACAAGUCGUUCGAACUCCUGAAGAAGCAGCAAAGACAUCGAGAGCGCCGUACGACUACGUCCUCCUGUGCGUCAAGGCUCUCCCCGACGUUUACGACAUUGCCUCCAUCAUUGAGUCGGUCGUCGCUCCUCAGCACACAUGUAUCCUGAUCAACACAACACACUCUCUCGGUGUCGAGUCGUAUCUCGAGCAAAGAUUCCCCACAAACGUCGUUCUGUCUCUGGUCGCUGGCGCCGAGCUCUCACAACUGGGCCCCAGCGAAUUCGAGCACAAGGGCACGGCCGAGAUCUGGGUUGGACCUGCCAAUAAAAAUCCAUCGAUCCCUGCGUCGAUACAGUCCGACAUGGCUGAGGCAUUGGCUAUGACAUUGAGCUCAGGUCAGGUGGACUGCAAGGUGUCGACUAACAUCCGACAGCAACAAUACGAGCGCAUGAUUGGCCCUAUCGCCUUCCAUCCCGCUAGUGUCUUGUUCGAGACUUCCAACCACGCCGAGCUACUCGAGAAGACUGGCGCCCGCGCAAUGAUUAGCGGCAUCAUCGACGAAAUUCUCCUUCUUGCAAAGUCCCAAGGCUGCGACUUCCCCGAAAAUUUCCGCGAGCAGACUAUGGAAGCCAUGAUCCAGCCCACAGCAACACCCAGCACUAUGUAUCAAGACUUCACUGCCCGUCGACCUUUAGAAAUCGAGACCUUCCUCGGCGCUCCCAUCAAGCUCGCUCAAGACGUCGGUGUUCCCGUUCCUCGCAUCGAGACGCUGUAUGCUCUGCUCCACAACGCCAACACACUGAACCAAUCCCGCCCGCCUCCAUCAGCAGCUAUCGCCCCGCAGCCUACCCCCGCACAAACACCUCGUAUGGGCCCUGGUCCCAUGGGUCCUGGCCCUAAUCAGCGUGGCCCAAUGAACGGCCCCAUGCCCGGCCAUCCCGGUAGACCUGGAAUGAUGAGACCUGGAAGCAGAGCUCCUUCGAUGACUGGUGGCCCACCUCCCCAAAUGCGCAGAGGCCCUUCAAUGAACAACGGCUUCGGUCCACAGAUGAGAAUGAACGGAAAUGGACACCGUGGUCCGCCUCAGCAGCAGACCCGUCGCCCUUCUCUCGAAGGCAAUGAACUCGAGGAAUUCAGCCAUCUGAUGCUUUACGACAACUUGCCAGAGGGCGCUCUGCCCGAGGGUGCCAUUCCCGAGGGUGCCGGCCCUGGAGGCGAGAUGGGACUUCGCGAAAGAGAAUUGGCCCUUCGUCAGAGAGAGCUGUCUCUGAGAGAGCAAGAGUUCCACAUGAGACGUCGCAUGCCUCCUCCCCCUGCUUCUCACGCUGGAGGUUACGAAGAGGAUGACGAAGACGGUGAAGACUUUUUUGAUCCUAUGGCUGCAGGAAGAAACGUCCCGGUCAUUGACCCUGAUAACUUCGACAUGAUGAGUGUCACUUCAAAACGCACCCGCAAGGCACCAAGCGCCAACCAACUCCGCAACAACCCCGAAAUGGGAGGUCCUCAGAUGAGAGGAGGCGGUGGAGGUGGCAGAGGCAUGUUCGGAAGGCCUAAGGUGCAAAACCGAACCAGCGCCAGACUGAUGUCAGAAAUUCCCGGUCUGCACGAAAACCUCAUGGGCAACCCGUUGCUAGGUUACUCUUCGGACAGAUACGGAGGUGUUGACCGUCACAAUCUUGGACAGGAAUCGAGAACCAACUCACUUACUGCAGAGCGCCUGAACGAACUUUCAAGAGGCGGUCCCCCGGGACAAGGCCCUUACCCUGGCCCGAUGCCCCCUCCGAUGGGCCGACGUGCAAGCAACUCACCCGGACACCCUCUGGGACCUCCAAUGGGACCUCCAAGAGGACCCCCUGGUCAACAACGUCCUUACCCACCAAAUGGACAGAACGGAUAUCCGCCACAUAUGAACGGCCGGCCAUCACCUCCUGGUGUCAUGGGCUCGCCGAUGCAACAACGCCCACCAACUCAACAAGGCCAAGUGCCGCAGCAUGUUGAACAGCAGAACGGGGUGAGCCAUCUCUAUCCGCCCAAAAGCGGCCCUCAAGAACGCAGUCUGACAGGUUCCGCGAGCGCUAGCGCGGGGAGUGGUGAUAGCAACCACUCGGUGCCCCUUGAUUCCGACCCAUCGGCCCACAGCAGCUCUAGCAGUCUAGGACCCCGCCCACCCCACGGCUUCCGAUAG